AUGGCAGAAACCAUUUUUUCUCAGGAUCAGUUCAGAUGUCCUGUGUGUCUGGAUCUACUGAAGUAUCCAGUGGCCAUUCCCUGUGGACACAGUUACUGUAUGAGCUGUAUUACAAGCUGCUGGGAUCAGGAUGAUCAGAAGGGAGUCUACAGCUGUCCUCAAUGCAUACAGACCAUCACUCCAAGACCUGCUUUAUAUGAAAACACCAUGCUGACUGAAGUAGUGGAGCGACUGAAGACUAAACUCCAGGCUUCUGUUCCUGCUGGACCUGAAGAUGUGGAAUGUGACGUCUGUACUCUGAGAAAAUACAAAGCUGUCAAGUCCUGUCUGGUGUGUCUGAACUCUUACUGUCAAAAUCACCUCCAACAACAUAAAAAUUUCUUUAAAGGUAAGAGACACAAUCUGAUAGAUGCCACUGGACGACUUCAGGAGAAAAUCUGUCCAACACAUAAUAAACUACUGGAAAUCUACUGUCAUACUGACCAGCAGUGCAUUUGUUAUUUGUGCACAAUGAAUAAUCACAAAAAUCACGCUACUGUAGCAGCUGUAGCAGAGAGGACAAAGAAACAGAUCAUUUUGAAAGAGACACAGACAGAGUUCCAGAAGAGAAUCCAGCAAAGAAAGAAAGAUCUUGAGGAGCUGAGAGAGGCUGUGGAGACUCAUAAGUGCUCUGCAGAGACAGCAGUAGAGGACAGUGAGAAAACCUUCAUUGAGCUCAUCCGUUCCAUUGAGAACAUCCGCUCUAAGGUGAUGCAGAUGAUCAGAGAACAGGAAAAGGCUGCAGUGAGUCGAGCUGAGAGACUCAUCUUUCGACUAGAGCAGGAGAUUGAUUAUCUGAGGAGAAGAGAUGCUGAGCUGGAGCAGCUUUCUCACACAAAUAAUCACAUCCUUUUUCUCAAGAGUUUCCAGUCUCUUGCUGUAUCUCCUGAAUCUACAGAAACAUCCAGCAUCGCUGUUAGCUCUCUCUUCUCUUUUGAUGAUGUGGGAAAGUCCCUCUAUCAACUGAAAGAAAAACUGCAGGAUUUCUGUAGAGAGGAGAUAGAGAAGAUAUCUGGCAAAGUAACAUAUGUUGAAAUUAUUCCCACCAAUGAACCCACACUCAGGGAGGAGUUCCUACAGUAUUACAGUAAAUUCACUCUGGAUCCAAACACAGUGAAUGAACACCUCCGUUUGUCAGUCUGGAAUGGAGUGUUUAAUGUCCCUAACGUAGUCCAGCAGUAUCCUGAUCAUCCAGACAGAUUUGAUAAAUAUCCUCAGGUGUUGUGUAGAGAGAGUGUGUGUGGACGCUGCUAUUGGGAGCUCGAGUGGAGUGGUGAUGAUGGUGUGGAUAUAUCAGUGUCAUAUAAGAGCAUCAGCAGGAGAGGAGGCAGAAAUGAGUGUGUUUUUGGAUGUAAUGAUCAGUCCUGGAGCUUGGACUGCUCUCCCUUACUUUACACAUUCUGGCAAAAUAACAGUUACACUGAUCUUCCUGUACCAUAUGGUCGCUGUAGAAUAGGAGUGUACGUGGAUCACAGUGCAGGAACUCUGUCCUUCUACAGCGUCUCCGACACAAUGAGCCUCAUCCACACAGUCCAGACCACAUUCACUCAGCCGCUCUAUGCGGGGUUUGCAGUUCACAGUGGAUCAACAGUGAAAGUGUGUGAUCUAACGAUAUAG